GACCUGGGGAAGGGUCUGAACGUGCCCCAAGAGCAGGUGGGGGCACGUGGGGCGAGAAGUUGACCAAGGCUCUCUCCCCAGCCCCCUGCCAGUGCUCGCGGAUCGCAGCACACAACAGGACAAACUGUGGCUUCCCGGGCAUCACCCCCGACACGUGCUUCGGAAGAGGCUGCUGCUUCGACUCCAAAAUCCGCAACAUCCCCUGGUGUUUCCGCCCCCUCCCAAAGCAAGAGUUGGAGGAGUGUGUCAUGGAUGUGUCGGUGCGCAAGAACUGUGGGUACCCAGGCAUCAGCCCCCAGGAGUGUGCGGCUCGCAAGUGCUGCUUUUCCGACACGAUCGUCAACGUGCCCUGGUGCUUCUUCCCAAUCUCUGUGGAAG